AUGAGCAGAAAGGAAUUGUGGGCCAACCUCUAGAAGCAUGAUGCUGAACUCUCUAAAACUCAUCUUAGAGACCUUUUAGCUGAUAAGGAAAGAAACAAACAUUUGAUCUUUGAACAUGACAACAUUGUAUUGGAUUUAACCCAUGAAAAAAUUACUGACUAAACAUUAAACCUCUUAGAAGAAGUUGCUGUUAAAUCAGGAGUCUAUGAAGGAGUCAAGAAGAUGUUCUCAGGAGAAAAAAUUAACACCACUGAAGGAAGAGCAGUCUUACAUGUUGCUUUGAGAGCUCAAAAGGGUGAAAAGAUCGUCACCGAUGGAAAGAAUGUUGUUGAAGAAGUCCACGAAACUCUCCACAGAAUCGAAAACUUCUCUAACUAAAUCCGUUCUGGACAUUUGAAAGGAAAGACUGGUAGAACCCUCAAAAAUGUUGUUGUAAUUGGUAUUGGUGGUUCUUAUUUAUCCAUUGAAUUCGUUUAUGAAGCUCUCCGUUCUCAUCCCGAAGCAGUUGCCAGAGCCUAGGAUAGAAAGCUAAGAUUCUUGGCUAAUGUAGAUCCUAUUGAUUUUUCUAGAGCUACUGAAGGAUUGUGUGUUGAAGAAACCUUAUUCAUCAUCAACUCUAAGACUUUCACAACUGCUGAGACUAUGUUGAAUGCUCGUACUUGUCGUAACUGGCUCAUUGAACAAUACAAAUUGAAAGGAGUUGUUUGCAAGAAUGAAGAUGAAAUUAAGGAUUUAGUCAAUCACCACAUGUGUGCUGCUUCUACUAAUUUAACUGAUACCUCCAAGUUUGGUAUCUCAGCUGAAAAAGUUUUUGGCUUCUGGGAUUGGGUUGGUGGAAGAUACUCAGUCUGGAGUGCAGUAGGUAUUCUCCCAUUAUCUAUUCAAUUCGGAUAUGAUUAUAUGGAUAGAUUCUUAAAAGGUGCUCACAACAUUGAUACCCAUUUAGCUAAAGCAACUUCAAUUAAAGGAAAUUUACCUUUGUUAUUAGCUUUGGUUGGAUUCUACAAUACCUCAAUUAAGAAUUUAAAUGCCAGAGCUAUUCUUCCUUACUGCUAAGCUCUCUGUAAAUUCGUUCCUCAUGUACAAUAAUUAGACAUGGAAUCGAAUGGUAAGAGAGUAAAUCUUGCUGGACAAACCCUUGAUUAUGAAUGCACAGUCGUUAAUUUUGGUGAACCCGGUACUAAUGGUUAACAUAGUUUCUAUUAGCUUUUACAUCAAGGUAGAAUUGUUCCUUGCGAAUUUAUUGGAUUCUGCAGAUCCUAACGCCCAGUUGUUUUAGCUGGAGAACCAGUAACCAGUCAUGAAGAAUUGAUGUCCAAUUUCUUCUCAUAACCUGAUGCCUUAGCUUGUGGUAAAACUAUUGAAGAACUUAAGGCUGAAAAAGUUCCUGAAAAUUUACAAAAUCACAAAUAUUUCCCUGGAGAUAGACCCUCCUUAUCCUUAUUAUUUACUGAAUUAAAUCCUUACACUGCUGGUUAAUUACUUGCUCUUUACGAACAUAGAACUGCUAUUGAAGGUUUCUUGUGGGAUAUUAAUAGUUUUGAUCAGUGGGGUGUAGAACUCGGUAAAGUACUUGCAAAGUAGGUAAGAACCUUCUUCUAAAACCACCAAGACAAGAGCACUGCUGAUUUCAGCGGUACCAAAUUUAACUCUGCUACUGAAGCUUUAUUAUCUAAGUUUGUCUAACAUAAAUGA